AAAGUUCGAGGUGAAAGUGUUGAGAAUGUCGACAAGUUUGCCGUUUCUUCAGCCGCGUCUCAUAACAGGAUUGGAGACCAACAUCAAAGGAAAUUUGCAUUUUCUUUCUGACGAUGAGGUGGUUUACCCCGUAGGAUCGGUAGUGGUGGUUCAUAACUAUCACAUAAGAAAACAAAAAUUUAUCAAGUUGAGCGAUAAAGGAAAAAAUUUGACUCAUCUCGCAGUAAGUCCCGACAAGAAACUAAUUGCUGUUGUCGAAACCACCGACAAAUAUCCUAUAGUGACUCUAUGGUGCUCAGAAACUUACAAAAAAAAGCGAACCUUAACAUUACCCACUGAUAAGGACAUUAUAGCCACUCGCUAUGUAGCAGUGGAUUUCACUUUUAAUUCCAAAAAUAUUAUAGUGGUAACUGGAGAACCGGACUGGAGCCUCUACUCUUUUAAAUGCGAUAAAGGGAGACUAGAAAGUUUUUCGAGGGCUAAUAACGCGAACUGCACCGGUACAGUAGUACAGGUAGCAUGUAAUCCAAACGAUGCAAACCAAUUGGCUGUCAUUGGAGAAUCAGUCUUGCGCUGUUUAGGAUGUUCAGACUACACAUGGAGGCAAUUUGGCUAUAAUAAAUUCGAUGUAGUCAGCUAUACUAGCUGUUGCUGGCUGUCUCAAGAUAGGUUAAUGGUCGGCAGUAAUAAAGGAAAAAUUAUCAUUUUGGAAACAGGAGAAGUGCGAGCCGUUUUUCAUGCGAUGGAUUUGCCCAUAAUUAAUAUGAAUCUGAAAGAAGAGUUAGAUCAAGGCUCACAAACCAGCAUGAAAUCCUCAUCACUCGACAGCGUAAACUUUGUGGAAGACGAGAAUGAGAAUUAUGAAAUUCGCUCUAUACAUAAUUUUCCACGCGGUUUGGCGUUUGGAUUUAUGAAUGGGAGAAUUCAUCUGUAUGAACGAGAAACACCACAUAAGUUUAGAAAGCGAGCUCUUUUCCGAAUUCCAGAUAAAACUAUUUAUAGAGAAUACGAUGAUGGUCCUAAAGAAAUCAAAACUGCAAUAAAUUCAAUAAAAGUGAAUUCUGCACAGGACCGUUUGAUAGCAACAUGUAAUGAGACACAAAUUUAUCAAGCCCGGUUAUGGAUUCAGCAAGACGGAUCCGGAGGAGGAAAUGAAUCAAUCAUGAAUGAAUACGGCUAUCCUUUGCACUUGGGACCUAUUGGAAGCAUGUCGAUAUGCAAGUGGAAACCGAUUUGCAUGACUUCUGGAGCGAAGGACCGCUCUUUAAAAAUAUGGAAUUACGAAACUUGCGAUAUAGAGCUGGUACAAAAUUUUGAAGACGACAUUCACUCGGUGGCUCUGCACCCUACAGGUCUUUACUGCGUAAUUGGUUUCUCAGAUAAAUUGCGUUACAUGACUAUAAUGAUCGAUGACAUUAUAACUACUAAGGAAUUCAGCAUACGAGGAUGCAAGCUCUCAUGCUUUAGUCGUAUGGGACACUUCUUUGCUAGUACCAAUGGCAAUAUUAUUCAAGUUUAUUCAAGCGUCAGUUUCGAGUUAAUGUAUGUUCUUAAAGGGCAUAAUGGAAAGAUACGUUGUAUGUCAUGGAGUAAAGACGAUCGUCUUUUGGCAUCUUGCGGUUCCGAAGGAGCAGUUUAUGUUUGGGAUGUUUGCGAGGCUGCCAGAUUAUCGGAAACUAUAAUUAAGUCGAAUCCAUUUACUGGUGUAGCCAUCACGCAAUGUGGCAAAGAAACAUAUGCAGUUGGUGAAGAUGGACAUGUCAGAGAGUUAGUAAACUCGAAUGUGCAUAGAGAUGUAGUCUUGGUUCCACCUCAAGCGGGAUUGGAUGUAAUUGUUCUAUCGCAGUUAGAUACUAUGUUGUUUAUAACUGGGAAUCAAGGAACAGUAUACAGUGUAAAAAUACCUUUACUAGAAAAAGCUGAAUAUAAUGAAUUUUCCAUGCAUAAGCGAAAAAUUGCGGGGAUGUAUUUAUCUUAUGACGACCGUUGCCUUAUUACUGGCGCUAUAGACGGCAGCCUAUGUUUCUGGAAAUUGGGAAAUAUUGAGGAAAAGGCGAUUAAACUAGACAAAGAAAUUUCGUCAUCAAACGAAAUUUUAAUAUCUAGAGAAAUUCUUGAAGACAAGAUGGAUCAAAUUAAGAAUUUAUCAUUAAGAUUGAAAGAGUUGGAAACAGAACAUUCGUAUCAAAUGAGACAGAAUGAUGCUGUACAUUCACUUAAAAUGAAAGACAUUCACUCAGAAUAUUGUCACGCAAUUGAAGAAUUGAAGAUUAAAAAUGAGCAAAUGGAGUCGGAUCAUAUUCAAGAACUGAAUAAUAUAAACAGUCAAAUUGCAAAAACGAAAGUCGAUCACGAACUAUAUAUUCAAAAACUAGAAGCCAGUUAUAAUGAAAAGUUGAUUGUUGAAUACAAAAAAUAUAUGAGAUUUGAAGAAAAAAUGAAUCGAAUGCUCAAAGAACAAGAGCAACAAUUUGAAGAGUUGAAAAAGUCGAAAACUGAAUCCGAAGAAUGUAUCACAAACAACUAUCUGGAAAUAGUAAAGGAUAAAGAAAACGCCGUCGAAGAGUUGAAAGAGAAAGUGGUGAAACUCGUCAAAGAACACGAAAUGAUCAAGCAGCAAAUCGAAGAUGACUGUGACAGGGAAGUAUACGAAUUGAAAGCGUCUCACGAAAAAGACAUCAAAGAGGAGCAGGAUUUAAAUGUUAGAUUGAGGGGAGAAGCCGCAGUAGUCAAAAAGAAGCUAUUAGCAACCCAAAAGGAAUCUGACGAUUUUAAGCACCAGGUCUACGUACUCGAAAAUGAACAUAUUAAAUUCAAGUCUAUUAUAAAUAGUUUGGAAAAAGAUAUUAUUGACAUAAAAAAAGAAAUGACGGAAAGAGACAGUACAAUUGAAGAAAAAGAAAAACGAAUAUUCCAACUUAAAAGCAAAAAUCAAGAACUGGAAAAGUUCAAAUUUAUAUUGGAUUUUAAGAACAAACAACUCAAAUUAACGAGAUGGUGCGAGAGUUGGAAAACUUGCAAAAGGUAAUAUUAAAUUUAGACACCCAAUUAGCAGAAGGGCGGGCCAAAUUGGCUGCUUCUGUUAAUGAAGUUCGAAAAGAGGUCGAACGAAACAGAAUAAUGAAAAAAGCCCUCCAAGCUCUCAGAAUGGACAUACACCAUGCCAGUGGAUUUAUUCAAAAUGUGCCAAUGCUGCAAAAAGUAGUCCGAGAAAUGUACCACAAGUACAACGCUGACAAAGAUUUUGAGGUAAGUCAAGCGGAAGACACCGAAGCCAAAAGUGAAUUUCUGCGACAAAGAGACUUUCUGGAACGUACAGUUGCAACAUUGCAUGCUCAGGCUACUAAAAACACUAGCACGCUUAGCUUCGAUAAAUUGCGACUUGUGGAUGAAAAUGCAACAUUGCUGGUGGAGACUAAUCAGCUGCGGAAGAACUUGCAAAGUGAAAUAAAUCAGAAUAAGAAGCUGAAUUCUAUUAUUGGAAUGUCUUAUAUAUCACCCAAGGCUGCUCAGAAAAAAGUAAACCUGGCUGUAUCGACAAAUGAGGAGAUACACACUAAGUAUAAGGAAACCAUCAAGGAAAACAGAAAGGCUAUUGAAGCGCUGGUUGACGAAAACGAUAGAUUGUUAAAUAAAAUUGCAGAGGCUGCUGAAUUGGAAUGUGAUGCAAUGGAACCAACAGAAACAAAAAUAUCAGAAAACCAAAAUGAGAAUUGCUGAAAAUUUGCGGUUUGUCAAUGGCAUUUAUUAGA